AUGGAAGAUGCAGGCAUGUCAGGCUUUUGCAAUUUCAAAGCAGGAAACAAUAUUAAUACUAAUAACGUCGUCGUCCGUGGUGGCAGUAACGGAAGCACGACAGGAACAAAGUGUGGUCGUUGGAAUCCCACGAGCGAACAGGUUAAAGUUCUGACGGAUCUCUUCCGGUCCGGUCUCCGAACUCCGAGCACCGACCAGAUUCAGAAGAUCUCCUCUCAGCUCAGCUUUUACGGUAAGAUCGAAAGCAAGAAUGUCUUUUACUGGUUUCAGAACCAUAAAGCCAGGGAAAGACAGAAGCGCCGCAAAGUUUCCAUUGAUGAGAAUAUUGACAUGAAUAAGGAUUUCCUUCUCAGAGAAGACAAGAACAUUCCAUCACCAAAACGUACGUAUGAAAUAUAUAUAUAUCAUCAUCAUCGUCGUCGUGAUCAUGAUUAUGAGGAUCAAGUUUGUCAUGAGCAGGAAGGAGUGAUUGAGACCCUCCAACUAUUUCCGUUGAAUUCGUUCGGAGAGUACUCGGAUUCUGAGAAGCUGAGAAGAUUCCAUGCAAAUGAGUGCAAAGAGACAGCAGCUUUUCCGUACACAUUUGAGACAGAUCAAAUGGAUCAUCCACCCCUGGAUCUGCGCUUAAGCUUUGUCUAA